AAAUCUCACACGAAUAAACAAACACCAUCGAAGAAUAUACGUUUUCCAAGCCCCAUUACUACUAAUUACUCCAUUUUCAUACAGCUUUGAUUCAAAGUUGAAACCCCUCUGGUUGUUGCAUCAAACUUACAAAACCCACCGCCUAACAAUCAAGAAAUCAGGAAGGAAGAGCAAAAAUUUUUUAGUCUAAUAACCAAUUCUUUACAUGAUCACUUGAAUCUGUGAAAACCCCUUUUUUCCAUUUCCAUUUCUUCCAUUGAAGCAACCCCAUUUGGCCAUUUCUUCUCUCCCUUUGAAGCCACUCUCAUUCCUUCUCUCCUUUUCUCUUUCUCCUUUUCAUCUUUCAUCUUUUACCCAACUGAAACGACAAACGAAAGUUCCUUUCUGUGAAACCUUAGCAGAAAGUGAUCGCUCAUUUGGCCUUCUUAUACUCAUAGAUUGAGAGAAAGAGAGGAAAAAGUUGAGUUUCUGUGAGGAAAAAAGAAAUGGGUAGUCGAGAUCUGGAGAGAGGAGGGGCUAAAACCAAUAACGCACCUGGGUAUUACUCAAAUUCCUAUUACCAAGAAACCUCGGAGAAACAAUGGACUUCUUGGUUGGUUCCUAUGUUCGUGGUGGCUAAUGUUGCUAUGUUCAUUGUGGUUAUGUAUGUUAAUAACUGUCCUAAACACAAUCUGGGUUCUGAGGAAUGUGUUGCCAGGUUUUUAGGAAGGUUUUCUUUUGAGCCUCUUAGAGUGAAUCCUCUAUUUGGUCCUUCUUCUUCCACACUACAGAAACUGGGAGCCCUGGAAUGGGAAAAAAUCGUUCAUGGACAUCAAGCAUGGAGACUCAUCACGGGUAUUUGGCUACAUGCUGGAGUCAUUCAUUUGCUUGCAAAUAUGUUGAGCUUGGUAUUUAUUGGGAUUCGCCUCGAACAACAAUUCGGAUUCAUUCGGGUGGGAAUACUAUACUUGCUUUCGGGUUUAGGUGGAAGCAUAUUAUCUUCUCUUUUCAUACAAAACAACAUCUCUGUUGGUGCAUCUGGUGCUUUGUUUGGGCUUCUUGGUGCAAUGUUAUCAGAACUUCUGACAAACUGGACUAUAUAUACAGAUAAGGCUGCAGCUCUCAUCACACUCAUUGUAAUCAUCGUCAUUAAUUUGGCUGUUGGGAUUCUUCCUCAUGUGGAUAACUUUGCCCAUAUUGGUGGGUUCUUGACAGGCUUUCUUCUUGGCUUUGUUUUACUUCUCCGUCCUCAGUUCGGAUGGAUAGAACGACGACAUCUCCCUGCAAAUUCUCGCGCUGUACCCAAGCACAAGCUUUACCAAUAUAUUUUAUGCUUUGUGGCCCUCGCUCUUCUAAUUGUCGGAUUCACGAUGGGGUUGGUAAUGCUAUUUCGAGGCGAAAACGGAAACAACCAUUGCAGCUGGUGUCAUUAUCUAAGUUGUGUGCCAACAUCAAAAUGGGAAUGCGGGAAUUGAUCAUUACACAUUGUAUAAUAUGUAUACUUCUGACCUUGUUUUCAUAUUUGUUUUUUUAUUCCAUCUUAGAUGUCAAUGGAAGUGUUUGUUAAUGAUUCCAGCAUAUUUCCAUUUGUUUUCUUACUUAAAAGAACACUGUAUGUAGAAAAAAAGAGAUAAAUUUCUUUUUGUGAACUCUUAAUUAAUGGUAUAGUGGAUCACUUCAUUCUUUUUUUUGCA